AUGCACGGACGCGAGACGAUUCAGCCCAAGCAGCUACUCGUCAUCAUCGACCAGCAUGCGGCCGACGAGCGUUGCCGGGUUGAGGAGUUGUACGCUGAGCUGUGUUUACCUAACCCGUCUGGGGAGGCGAAGGAAUGCUGUUCCAACCUCGGCCACACGUCGCACAUCAAGACGAGCAUGAUGGCGAAUGCGCUCUACUUUGAGGUCUCGGCCCAGGAAGCGCGCCUGUUGGAGACGCACGGGAGGUAUUUUGCUGAUUGGGGCGUCCUAUACGACCUCAACAAAUCGGGAAGCAGGCACAUUCUCGUGGUGAAGACGCUCCCGCCAGGAGUGUCAGAACGGUGCCAGGCUGAUCCCAAGCUGCUGCUCUCGUUCCUUCGCUCCGAGGCGUGGAAGCUAGCGGAGGAGCGGACGCGAGCACCGGCGGCCGCGGCACCAAGAGCAGCAACAACCAGAGGGAGCACAAACGAACCCGCGGGAGCGGAACACAGAUCGAUGGACACCACGCCGACGGCAGAAGAGCCGCAUUCCUCAUCGUCGUCGUCCUGGCUCACGCAGAUCGGGUCGUGCCCACAGGGCAUCCUGGAGCUGCUCAACUCGCGGGCAUGCAGAAGCGCGAUUAUGUUCAACGACGAAUUGACGAGGGCGGGGUGCCAGGAGCUCGUCGCGCGGCUCGCCGGGUGCGCGUUCCCGUUCCAGUGCGCGCAUGGUAGGCCGAGCAUGGUGCCGUUGGUCGAGCUGGGUUCCAGCUGCGGCGUUGCGGCGUCGACGGCGGCAGCGACGGCGGCGGCGGCGCGUCAUCUUCCUCGUGGGAAAGACCAGACCGCCAUGGACCCUGGGGGUGAUGUGGCCGGGGGCCUGGGGGCCUUUGCUGCCGGAGGGUCUGCUGGUGCGGCAGACGGACAGCCGCCUGAUGAGGAGAAAAGCGGGUUUGUGGAGGCGUUUAGACGCUGGCGUCCGCGUCAAAAAGGACCCGAGGCAAAGUAG